AUGAAGAAGAAUUUCAUGAAAGGUGGUGACUACCACUCCGAGGUGGCGGCUGAGAUGUAUCCAUACAUCAAGGAAGCAAUCAUGAAGGGCGAGGUGAGCACCUCUUCCAAUGAGCGUGUGCCCACCGUCAAGUCGCGCUUUCCCAAGGAGCGCUCGACGGCCAAAGCCAUCAACUUUGGCAUCUUGUACGGUGCAGGUGCCGAAUCCAUCGCGGAGGACUUGAACAUCAGCGUAGAACAAGCGCGAGAUUUGAUGGAUGCCUGGUAUGAGAGCAAGAAGGCAGUGCGCAGGUGGCAAGCUGACGUCAUGGCGCAGAGCAGCCAGGAGGGCAAAUCCCGGUCGCUUCUGGGACGCCACCGACACUUGCCCCUGCUUCUGGAAGACGUGCCUUACAGGCCGACUGCAUCCGCAGCGAGCGCGCGGCGGUGA